UCCGCUGAUUUUUGUUGAUGGGUGUCUGUCUUUUCUUGGGUGAGUGUUGCUGAAAAUUCCUUGCGAGAAAAAUGGGUUUUGGAGACUACCCAGCCGAGUAUAAUCCCAAAGUCCAUGGUCCUUAUGAUCCAGCACGGUUCUAUGGCAAGCCGGACACUCCCUUUGGACAAGUGAAACUGAGUGAGCUGGGAUCAUGGUUUGGAAGGCGCAAUAAGAGCCCCCAGGCUGUUGCCGGAGCCGUGAGCCGUGCCUUCUGGCGAUGGCAGCAUAAGUAUGUGCAGCCCAAGAGGAAUGGGAUUGCUCCCUUCUUCCAGCUCACUGUGAGUGCUAUGAUCUUCUUCUAUGCCAUCAACUACGGAAAACUCAAGCGCCACAGGAAUUACAAGUACCACUAAAUGGGAUUUUUUCUUGAACUCGCUCCACCGGGGUGGUAGAAUUGGAUCAAUUUCCAAAUUUCAGUGAGUCAUGGAGCUAGUGGAGGAUGUAAAAUUGAUGAAUAAAUUAGAUCUUUCUGGAGGAAAAA